AUGGCAGAUAAUAUUAGCCAAAAGAACACAUUGUUCACAGACGAGAAAGAACUGAGAUUGUCACUUCAACAUUUUGGAUGGCUUGAUAAUGUUCUUUUUGCAACAACUCUUGUGAUAUGCAUUUUCGUAGGAAUAUAUUUUGGUUUUAUAAAAAAGGCAGAUAAUGAACAAGAAUAUUUAACUGGCGGAAGAAAAAUGAUGAUUACACCAAUAUCUAUGUCACUUAUUGCAAGCUACAUAUCCGGAAUAACUUUGCUAGGAUUACCAGCUGAUGUUUAUAUAUAUGGAAUGCAAUAUGCCUAUGUUACUUUAGGAUUCAUUUUCACAGCCUUUGUUAUGAAUCAUAUAUAUCUGCCAGUAUAUAAGCAAUUACAAAUUACAUCUACAUAUGAGUAUCUUGAAUUACGAUUCAACAAGUAUGCGCGUACAUUGGGUUCUAUGAUAUAUAUUAUAGGAAAUGUAGCGUAUUUACCAAUAGUAAUGUAUAUGCCAGCUUUAGCUUUCAACCAAGUAACCGGUGUAAAUAUUCACAUCAUCACGCCCAUCGUUUGCACCGUAUGUGUAUGUUAUACAUGCAUGGGUGGUCUGAAAGCAGUAGUAUGGACUGAUGUCAUACAAGCCUUGCUGAUAUUUGGUUCAAUGAUUUUGGUCAUUGUAAAAGGUACAAUCGAUGUUGGAGGAAUAUCAAAUGUGAUACAUAAAAAUAUAGAAAGCCAAAGAUUAGAAAAACCAGAUUUCAACCCAGAUCCUACAGUGAGACACACAUUCUGGACCUGCAUGAUCGGAGGAUGUAUUACUUGGUUACAUUCUUAUGCAGUUAAUCAAAAUAUGACUCAAAGAUAUUUUGCACUACCCACCUUGAAAGCAGCUAGAAGAGCAUCUUGGAUACUUGCCGUCGGAGCAGCUUUAUCGAUUACGAUUUGUUCAUAUAGUGGGCUCCUCAUGUAUGCAACAUAUAGCGGCUGUGAUCCUCUAACUACCAAGCUGGCACGUGCAAAAGACCAAAUGUUACCGCUGUUUGUUAUGCAGACUUUAAGUAAAUUUUCUGGACUAACUGGAUUAUUUAUGGCAGGUGUUUUUUCAGCGCUUCGCAAUUACGAAAAAUGUACCUUAUCAACGUGCCUCAACUCAAUGUCUGCCAUAAUCUUGGAGGAUUUCGUUCGUCCAUUAGCAAAAUUUCGCGACCAUGUCCUAACAAGUCACCAGAUUUGGUUUAUAACGCGCUCCGUCGUGAUUCUUGUUGGAAUUCUUUGCGUAUGUUUGGUUGUGGUAGUCGAACGUGCAGGGAGUAUUUUUCAGCUAAAUUACACCCUUGAAGCUAUUACGGGUGGCCCUUUGCUGGGAGUCUUCACGGCCGGAAUGCUCAUACAUUGGGUCAACGAAAAGGGAGCAAUAACAGGUUUAGUAAGUGGACUAUUUUUCAUGACCUGGUUAACUUUGAAUGCUCAAGCAGCCAUUGCUUCAGGACACAUCAGUUUUAAAACCAAAUCAUUCAAUGUAGAAGGCUGUGAUUAUAAUUACAACACGACGUUCUCCAAACAAGAAGAAGCUUCAGUUGAAAGUCGAAUAUUCCCAUUAUUUCGUGUGUCUUACCUGUGGUACAGUCCUUUGGGUGCACUUGUUACUAUUAUCGUGUCAUGUGUUAUCAGUUUAGUUACUGGAAAUAAUACCAAAAUUGAUCCCGGAUUGCUGGCUUCCUGUGUCAGAAAACGUCUUGUUCAAAAUCGUGCACGACACACAGAUGUUAUUGCCAAUAGAGAUGAGAUAACCACAAUAAACAUGAAUAAAGAAAGAAGAAAGAACCACAAGAAACAUGAAUAA